AUGGUAACUCUGAGAGUGAUAUACAGCACAGAUGGGCUAAGGCCUGUUCUUGAAUCAACCCUUGAUGAAGUGUUCGUAGCCGACUCUCAUCGCUUUCGAAGAGAAGAUGCGACACCAGCUACUCAUUCUUACCCCUAUCAUGUUGUAUAUAUCGAAGACGUGAACACUGCUGCCUACGCUAAACGCCCCCGAGGGAGACCGCCAACGAGAUGGGGUGAAGUGUUCGCUGCACGGAUGGACCAGCUGAGAGCUCAGCUGGAUACGGCUCAAGGACCUCGUCAACGUCACUCGCGAAGCUUGAGAACAUCUUGGAUGACAAUGGCGAGGGAACGAAACGAGUGGAAGAGAUGCUGGGGCCCGCACGUCGAGUGA